CAGAUCUUCGGUUUUAUUGCUUCGAUCUCUCUCACUAUUCUGCUUCUUUCUUGUUCUUUCUGUAUCUUUAUUGAAUGUAGAAGCCUUAAAUGAUCAUCAUGAGUGUGCUUCAGAGUUGGGGUCUAUGGUGAAGAGAGGGGAGAGAAAGUCUCUUGUUGAGACAGAAUAUGGUGAGAUUUCUGCAGUUAGAAUCAGUGAUGGAACAAGAGGCCUUUAUUAUAUGCACUUCAUCGCAUUGGAGCCAAAUUCUCUCUUUCUUCCUGUACUUCUCCAUGCAGACAUGGUGUUCUAUGUCCACACAGGGAGUGGGAGACUGAGUUGGGCUGAUGAAAAGGACACAAGAAGGUUGAAUAUCAAGAGAGGAGAUGUGUAUAGGCUGCAACCAGGGUCUGUUUUCUUUAUAGAGAGCGAUUUGGAGCCGGAACGAGAGAAGCUCAGGAUCUAUGCAAUCUUUUCCAAUAAAGAUGAAGAAUCAUUUGAAUCCGCAAUUGGCGCAUACAGUAGUAUCAGUGAUCUGGUCCUAGGAUUUGAUGAUAAAGUCUUGCAGUCAGCUUUCAAGGUGCCUGAGGAUUUGAUAGAAGCACUAAGAAAUACAACAAGACCACCACCUAUGAUUCAUGCUUUGCCAGGGGAGAAGAAAUCAACCAUUUGGGAAUUUGAAACUCGAUUCCUGAAGGCCUUUGUAGGUGGCAGAGGUGUCAACAUGCAUGCCAUGAACGGCAAGAAGAAGAAAACUAAAACAUUUAACAUCCUUGAUGCUGAUCCAGAUUUCAGGAAUUGUAACGGGUGGAGCCUGACAGUGGAUAGGAAAGACUUGAAUUUGUUAAAGGACUCAAACAUUGGAAUUUUCAUGGUGAACUUGACAAAGGGUUCAAUGAUGGGACCGCAUUGGAAUCCAAUGGCUACAGAGUUAGCAGUAGUGCUACAUGGACAAGGGAUGGUUCGGGUGGUUUGUCCAACCACUGCAAAAAAGUCAAGCUGCAAAAACAUGAGGUUUAGGGUGGAGGAAGGAGAUGUUUUUGCUGUACCUAGGUUCCAUCCCAUGGCUCAGAUGUCUUUUAACAAUGACUCAUUUGUUUUCAUGGGGUUCAGCACAACAAGAAGGAGAAAUUACCCUCAAUUUCUAGCAGGAAAGAGCUCAGUCCUUCAAACAAUAGACAACCGAGUUCUGGCUGUAUCCUUCAAUGUCUCAAACACAACAAUUAAUCAGCUUCUGGCGCAGCAGGCAGAUUCAAUCAUAUUAGAUUGCACAUCAUGUGCUGAGGAAGAGGAGAGCAUAAUGGAGGAAGAAAUUAAAAAGGAAAAGGAGGAAAAGGAAGCUAAGAAGAGAGAGGAAGAAGAGAAAAAGAGGGAGGAAAAAGAAAAAAAGAGAAGAGAGGAAGAAGAAAAAAAGAGAGAAGAGGAAGAAGCCAAAAGAAGAGAAGAAGAAGAAGCCAAAACGAGAGAAGAGGAAGCCAAAAGGAGAGAAGAAGAAGAAGAAGCGAGAAAGAGAGAGGAGGAGAAAAAGAGGGAAGAGGAAGAAGCUAAAAAGAGAGAAGAAGAAAGGGAAAGAAGGGAGAGGGAAGAAGAAGACAGAAGAAGGGAAGAGGAAGAGAAACAAAGACAAGAAGAAGAAAGGAAAAGAGAGGAGGUGGAAGAAGAAAGAAGAAGAGAGAAAGAGAAAGAAAGACAAGAAGAUGAAGAAGAAAGGAGAAGACGAGAAGAAGCAGCAAAGAGAGAGGAAGAAGAGGCCAGGAGACAAGAAGAAAAAAGACAAAGAGGAGAGGGACAAGAAGAAGAACCCUGGAGAAGAGAACAAGAAGACAAUGUAGGUGGCCUUGGGCAGAGAAGAGUUCUAAAACAUGUGUUCUUAGAAGGAUUUAUACAUGUUCCCUAA